AUUUUAUGUAAGCUAAGUUUCAUUCACUUUAUGGCGGUAAUUUGAUACCAGUUCUAAUCGGCUCUUGUUUCGAAAAUUGCAAAUAUGGGAUGUAUUCAGAGUAAAGAGAGAUUAGCUGCUAUAGCUCGAUCCAAAGAUAUUGACAAGACUCUUAAAGCUGAUAGCGAGGCUUCAUGCAAAGAGGCCAAACUCUUACUUCUUGGUGCCGGAGAGUCAGGGAAGAGUACAAUCGUUAAACAAAUGAAAAUUAUUCAUAUGUCUGGUUACACUGAGGAAGAAUGCAAAGCAUACAGACCAGUUGUUUUCAGCAAUACUAUCCAGAGCAUGAUAGCCAUACUGAGAGCUAUGGAACAACUGCAGAUAUGCUGUGCAUAUCCAAACGCAAUGGAUGAUAUUGCUGUGGUCCUCAACCUUCCACGAACAGAUGUUGAUGUUCUUCCCGAAGAAGUAUUUGGCGCGCUGAAGAGGCUUUGGUAUGACCCAGGAGUCCAAGCAGCUGUUAAUAGAUCUCGAGAAUUUCAGUUAAACGAUUCUGCAUCAUACUUCCUUGACUCAUUGGAUAGGUUAUCAAGCCAUAGUUAUGUCCCAACACAACAGGAUGUCCUUCGUACGAGAGUUAGGACAAGCGGAAUUGCAGAAACCCACUUCUCUUUUAAAGGAUUAAAUUUCAAGAUGCUUGACGUUGGAGGGCAGCGUUCAGAACGAAAGAAAUGGAUUCAUUGUUUCGAAGGCGUUACCGCGAUCAUAUUUAUGGUUGCUAUAAGUGAAUACGAUUUAACUCUGGCUGAAGAUCAAGAAAUGAGUAGAAUGAUGGAGUCUAUGACAUUGUUUAGCUCAAUAUGUAAUAACCAGUGGUUUACAGAAACAAGCAUCAUUUUAUUUUUGAACAAGCGAGAUAUUUUUGAGAAUAAAAUAAUGAAAACACCGUUAACCAUAUGUUUCCCAGAGUACACUGGUGGAAAUAAUUAUGAUGAAGCUUCAGAGUAUAUUCGUUUACGUUUUGAAAAUUGUAAUACUCGUAGUGGACCUAAAGAUAUUUAUUCACAUUUCACUUGUGCAACAGAUACAAAUCAUAUACAAUUUGUAUUCGAUGCAGUGACUGAUGUAAUCAUUAAAAAUAAUCUUAAAGAUUGUGGAUUAUUUUAGAAUUGAAUUGAAUUCAAUCAAUCAAUCAAUCAAUCAACGAAAAUGAUACACAAUUAUUAGUUAUCUUUUGUUUUUUUUUUUAAAUUUUGAGCUUCCUUACACAAAAAACAGGUUUUCUUUUUUUGUCUGUAUGUUUGUUGAUUUGUAAAAAUUUUAAGCCUAGCAAUUUAUUUAUUGAAUUAUGUAAUUAUUCAUUGAUUGGUUGAUUAUCUUUUUACGUGAAUAUUGCUUUUUCUAAAAUUUUUUGUAACGUUUUCAACUUCUUUUUGUCAAUAGUCCAAUGUUACAUGAACAUCACACUGUCAAUUUAUAUAUUUCUUAGCGGCAUUAGUUUCUAGCUAUAUAUAUAUAUAUAUAUA